AUGCUGCAAAUCACGCGAGGAGUACACACGGGGUUAGGAUUGUCAGCACAGCGAUGCUCGAAGCUGGUGGACAGCGUUUUAAGAGUAGACCAUGCCGGAGAACUGGGGGCUAAUCAAAUUUAUCGUGGUCAGAUGGCCGUCCUCGGACACACAAAGUCGGGCAAAACUAUCCAGCACAUGUGGGAGCAGGAGAAAGCUCACAAAGAGGAGUUUGAUCGGCUGAUAAACAAGUACCGUGCACGACCAACCGCACUGCUGCCCUUCUGGAAUGUAGCCGGGUUCGCGCUGGGUGCUGGAACUGCCCUGCUGGGUGAGAAAGCCGCUAUGGCGUGUACGGUCGCGGUCGAGUCCGUGAUAGUUGAGCAUUACAACGACCAGCUGCGAAAGUUGAUGGAUGAUCCGACUUUCACCGACAAGGAGCUGCUCGACACGAUCCAACGCUUCCGGGAUGAGGAACAGGAACACCACGACACCGGAAUCGCGCACGGUGCGGAACAAGCGCCCUUUUAUCGCGCUCUGACUGACGUCAUCAAGUUCGGAUGCCGUACGGCAAUUAAGAUUGCGGAGAAGGUUUAGGUGACGGCAUGAGUAUGCCAGCUCGGAAGCUGAUUUCCCAGUGCCAUGUGUGCUGGUCAAGGUUAAGCUAGGGUUCAUGAUCAAAUUCGCCUAGCAAAUGCGUUUUGGUAUACUAGCACAAAGCUAGCAGGAUAAGCGAAAGUUCGAGCGAUGAAAAAUGUGGCGGAAAUUCUCGGAUUGGCCGUAGCCCUAAGCGUGGGUUUUCAGUAUGAUUUAUUUUGCUGUUAAUAUUGUUCAUAUUUAUUAGCGAUGCUGUAGACCAAACUACAAUAGUCGAACGAAUGCACGGAACUACCAAAUAAACCGUACGU